ACAACGGCCUUACUGGAUUCUGGAGCAUUCUCUUGCUAUAUCGAUCAGAGAUUCGCUCAAAGACAUGAGUUUAAGAUGACACCACUAAACCAUGAAAUAAGAAUCCUCAAUGCAGAUGCCAGUUCCAACAAGGGCAGCGCAAUUACUCAUCAUGUAGUCACAAGCAUCUUAAUCGGGGGGCACCGAUCAACUGAGAGUUUGCUCGAACAUAACCCCCGAGUUGACUGGGAACACAGAGAGGUCACAUUCUCAAGGUGC